AUGUACACUUACGCCUUCAUCUACCUCAUUAUGGUCUUAGCCAUACCUGUGGGUAGCAUGCCCUCUCAUACGAAGCAGAAAUAUCGGCAUGGCUUCUACUGGGGCAAACCCAAUAAGAAUAUUAAUAUACAAGGCGCAAAGCUCAAACUCCCUGACUUGUCGGACCUUCCCGAUCUAUCAGACCUUCCUGACCUGUCUGACCUGAAGCCCAACAAAAGCAAAGAUACAGGACCGGUCGCGGAGACCGGUGACGACUGGAAGGACGGAGUGGUGAAAGGGCAUAAUACCUAUAGGAACAAGUACGGAGCCAAACCUUUGAGCUGGAGUGAUGAUCUGUACCCGGAAGCCGAGGAUUGGGCUAAACGCUGUAAUUUCGAGCACAGCUUCGGGGGCUUAUUCCGUAGCAACGGCAACGGGAAAUACGGCGAAAACUUGGCUGCGGGUGGAGGGCAGAAAUACGGGUUCCUUGAAGGUCUCACCGCCUGGAUGGAUGAAGCCAGUAUGAGUGUCAUCUGGAAGAACACAGACAAGGUUGCCUGCGCCAUCUCCGACUGUCCGGCUGGUACCGUCCUCUCGCAAAAUGCGAAGUUCAUCGUUUGUAGAUACAGCCCACCCGGAAAUGUCUUGGGCCAGUUUGCGAUACCUUCUACAUUAAGAUUGGACAUGGACUAUCCAUUUCUAGUCACAAACGCGCGGCCGCCAAGUAUUGCCUCGGGUAUCAAGAAGAUCAUAAAUGCUUAUGAUGAUCCGGGGCCAACCAUAUUGGUUGGUUUGCAUCCUCCGGUGUCGAAUAUACCUCCUCGUAGGUACCACAGAAGGAUGCUCCGGUCCAAUGGGCGUCGGCGCUCUUGCUUUGGGAGUACUCAAGGACCCGCUGAGCACAGGUCUUACUCGCCGCCAUACCCUGACGAAACAAGAGCGGCCCUUGCGUCCUCCCAUACAGAAGCAUCCUCGGAUGUUCCUUCGUACCGUUCACCCCUACUUCCUCAUUCCACUCCAAUACCGAUGCGCUGGUCUUCUGCACUCCUCUCAACUCUCACCCUGGCACUCGUGGCGAAGUCGCUGCCCAGCAGCGGCAUCAGCCAAGAAGUGUUCACGGUCGAUGAUUUCGAUCCUAGCCUCCCGGAAGCCGGUGAAAUCGUCUUCGAGCCUAUGCAUUUCGAUGCGGAGGGUUUCGAUAUCAGUGAAGGAGAAAUGGGCGCAGCUAUCUUCGCCGACUGGAAGACUGAAGUCGUGAAGCAACACAACGCUUACCGUGCUCAAUAUGGUGCACCAGCGUUGACCUGGAGCGAUGCUUUGUAUCCUGGCACCCAACAGUGGGCUAAUCAAUGCAAGUUCCAGCACAGCAACGGGCAAGGCAAAUACGGGGAGAACCUGGCUGCUGGAACUGGCGGUAGCUACGGUUUCUCGUCUGGUCUCAAGUCUUGGAUGGACGAAGCUUCUAAAUACGAUUACAAUCACCCCGGAUUCUCGCAGGCAACUGGGCAUUUCACUCAGGUUGUUUGGAAGAGUAGCAAGCAAGUCGCUUGUGCCAUCGGAAACUGCAGGGGCGGCACUAUAUUCCAGCAGCCAUCCAAGUAUGUUGUCUGCCGUUACACUCCACCCGGAAACUUCGCUGGCCGCUUCGCGGAGAACGUCGGACGCCGCAAGUAA